CUUUAUCAUUGCAUGCGAAUCAGUGUAAACAAAAUUCAAGGAAAAACCAUUCUGAUAUUUCAUGAAUGUGGAUUAACUUGCAAAUAUACAACCUGUAUGGGUACCAUUCAAUGUAUUUUCUUAAAUCAAUUUUGUGUAGGGCCUAUAACUUAGUUUUGAUCAUUUAGCAUAAUUUGAUUUGACUUUGAUUUCUUAAAAGUACUCACACACAAACCCAAAUCAACACAUGUACUAGCACUUACACUGACACAUACAUUUACAUAUAAACAUGUAAUUGCAUUGAUUAUGAACUAGUAUGCUUUUAAUGAAUCCUGACAUGCGUUGUAAAAUUUUGUGAUGACUUUAAAACAUUUUGUGUCAAUCGAAUGAAAGGAAAGACGUAAUUCAUUCAGAUGUUUGCAAUACUUAAUUUUCAAUCUAAAUCCAAGGAAGUUUGCUUGCCCUUUUCAAGUACGGUAGUUGAGAAAAAGAUUAAUAAGACACGAACAAGUUGUGUCACUGUCACAAUAUAUGUUAAGCGUUAAUAAUAAUUGUAAAUAAUACACAAGUUAACUUUUCGGCACAUGCCAUCAUCAGUACAGAAACAAAACAUUGAAAUAAGUAUAAAUUAAAUUUACAUUAUAUAUAUAUAUAUAUAUAUAUAUAUAUGUAUGUAUAUACAUAUCAUACCUAAAAAAAAGAGAGAAAAAAUAGGAGUGGGCGCAAAAAUCCGACAGAAACAAAGUAAAGAAGACUGGAAAGGAAGCUGAACAAAACUCUUGUUUAGUAUAAAUUCAGAGUUCGUAAAUUAUUAACUGUUCUGAAAAUGAACUGGAAAUCAACUGGGCUUAUCAUGGUUGUUUUCAUCCAUUCUUUGAUGACACGUCGAUGUGAUACACAAAAUGGUGAGUUUUUUUGUAGUUGUUAAAUUAUUACUUUUUUUGCUUAUUCAUGUUGACGCUGACGGUGGGUAACAUGUGAACUCAUGUUGGGACCAAGUGGGCACGUAUGCCACGUGAAAAGUGGGCACGUAUGCCACGUGAAAAGUGGGCACGUAUGCCACGUGAAAACUUAUUCUGGCGCACACAAAACUCAAAAUACAUCCAUAAGCCUACUACCUUUUUUUAGGAGUACGUAAUAUCCCCCACCUUAAGCUCAAUCUCCUGUUUGAGAAUGGUCCGCCCGUUGGUAAGGAGUGAAUAGACCGUCUUCUCAGUAUUGAUUUCCAGUUGCCACCGCAGCAUGAACCUGUUGAUAACAGAGAGGUCCUGCUGUAAUAGAGUUUGCAGGCGGUGGACAUCUGUACCGGUGCUCCAGAUGACUAAAUCUUCGACAUAAGUCGCAGCACUAGUUGCUAGAUUUUGUGGCAAGUCAUUGUUUAGGCUAGGAAGAGAUUGCAACUGAAGGCUGACCCUUGCGGGAGACGUUUUUCAAGGGUUCUCUUCCUGGAGAUUUCGCUGCCGAAUUUUAUGCCGAUUGUCCGGUUUGUAAGAAAACAGGCAACCCACCUGUACAUGUUGGCAGUUACUCCCAACUUUUGCAACUUCAACAACAAUAAUAAUAAUAAUAACAAAGUUUAUUUGAAAAACACGCUUCAUCCCCAAAAGCUCGAAGCGCGGUACAAAGUCAACCAUAUUAAAAAGAGAAAUAAAAACAAUCUAAAAUUUACCACAUUUAAAAACAGACGCAACAGUAUAAAGCUACAUACGAGCAUACCAAGUCAAAGUCUUUCAUCCCGUUUCAACCAUCAGCAACACAAGCCAAUAUACAUUAACUGAAAAAGAUGGUAGAUAGCAUCACCCCAGAAGGUGUUUGCGAAAUAGAUGUAUUUUUAAAUCGGUUUUAAAGGACUGCAGUGUCUGGCUGUUUCUGAGAGCGACUGGAAGUGCGUUCCAAAUUGUUGGGUCGGCAAAUACAAAAGUGCGCUUUCCGUAAGUCUCAAGGCGAACACACGGUAUCGAUAUUUUGCCACUAUCGGAUGAGCGGAGCUCUCUAGUGGGUACAUAAGGUACACAAUAGACGAGACUUUCAAAUACGAUCAUAGGCUUGUCGGGGGUACAAAAAAAUAAACAGCCACUGUAUGAGACUUUUUCUGGAUUCCAUCUGUAAUGGAUUGGAGAAGACGAAGCAUCUGAUCUACAUGCUGCAUUCCCUUGCGGAAGCCCGUCUGUAUUGGGCUGAGGCUCGCGGUACUCUACAGGUUUCAGUAGAGCCCUGGUUCACCAUUCUCUCGGCUACUUUCCCUAAACAUGAUGCUAGGGAAAUUGGAAGGUAGCCAGUCGGUUGAUCGAGUUUCUUCCCAUCUUUAGGAAUAGGCAGGAUGGUAGCGCUAAGCCGAGCUCUGGGCAGGAUCUGUUCAUGAUUGACAAUAGCUGUGUCCUAGCUAGCGGGCCAAGGUCUUUGAUCAUUUCGUUACAGAUCUUGUCCUGAUCUGGCGCCUUGGCGGCGUUGCACUUGUCGAUGGCGGUUUGUAAUCAGUUAUAGUGAAAGGUGCGGUAAAGACUUCAGCGUGUGGUCCCCACCGUUGGGCCACUUCUCCCUUUUGCUGGAGACGGUUUAGGUUUUUGCUCUCUUUGGACUCCUGCUUCCGAUUUAUCUUUGCAAAAUGCUUAUUUAAAGCCUCGGUACUCUUGGCAUCCGUGGUAGCCGUGCCUGUCGUCGUUUGCAUUUGACGCAGAUUUCGAGCCUUUCCCAUGCAGGAUAGCGAGUCCACCAAUCGCCAGACCUUUUUUCCGUCUUUCUGAGGUCGAGUUCUCCGCAUGUCCCAACCCAUUUUUUUUCUUCUUCGCCCUAUCAACCUCCUUCCGAAACUAAGCUUUCAGUUUUUUGUAAAACGCGUGAGCAUCAGCACCUUACCUAGUGCAUACAGUCGCACGAGUGCCUACAGUUGGCCUGAGCCCCGUCACCGAUCUGCAGGAGAGGAGAGGAUUCGAGUUCCCUUGCCUUAGAAAUCUAUCACUAUUACUAGCCAUAUAAUUGAAUCAUGUCUAGGCCUUAUUGUGUUAUCUUCUCCCGGGGAGAAGUUACCGAAGUGACCCCUCUCCUUCGCCUUGGGAGACAGACAUAGUGACGUGAAUUUUUUUUAAGCUUCGGGUGAUCUGCUCUACCUUACUGGUCGGUCGCGCCGCGUAGAGGCAAACUUCAAGCGGGAAAUGCCGAAGCGGAACUUUUACCGUGAACGAUGAACUAAUUUACUCGACGGUAUUGUUAUAAUUAGUAGUAUUAUCACACCAGGAACACAAACACAUCUGUCCAGCUGCGUGUCUACAUUUUUUAAUGAAUAGCUACACGCAAGAUCACAUUACCUCUGACCUCUCUACUCAAGGAACAAGGACCUCACACAUUAACAAAGGGAAGCAACUGACAAUACAACAACGAUAUCACAAAAAGUAUCUUGUAAAUUGAUGAUUUUAUAAAAACAUUGUCUUGUACAAGAUGAUUUUAUAAAAUAUUGCCUUGUACAAGAUAUUUUGUAAGACAUUAUCUUGUAGAAGAUGAUUUUAUAAAGACAUGACCUAUGAUGAGAAAUGCUACUAAUUGGACUGUGCCGGUUUAUUUACACGCGGUCAAUGCCCGGGUUCUUUGAGACAAUACCUGGCCAAGGUUCGGGUUUAACACACAAAAAGUUAUCUUCUCAUUUUCUUUAAUCUGUUUUAGCCAAUGGGGAUGAGUGAAAAGUACGCGUAUAGAGCUAGUAGCGAUUCCAAUGGAAUCAAAGGAAAAGUUUUCAAACACUAAAACCUUAAUAACAUAAACAUUAUCCAGGUGUUCUCAUCAUUCUUUAGAGCGGUGACCCUUUAUAACAUUCGCCAAGUUGUGGUGGAAUUGAGAAAAAGGUGCUGAGAAUGCUUUGUAGUGGGACUGUAACCCAUAUUUUGAGAAACACUGCUCAAACCCUUAAACAUAGCAAAAUUCAAACUGGGAGCUGAGCUUCGCUAUAUGCGCCAGUGUUGCAGGUCACUGGUUGGUAGCAGUUUUCAUUUUUCUGAUACCAACAUACGCAUACUAUAUAUCAAUAGAUACUUAUAUACUCAUUAUGGUGAGCCCAUUCUAGCCUUCCUUCAGUGAAGCUAAAGGGUUGACUCAUGAAAUGAGUCUUGAAUUACAAUACUAUUAUUUAUUUUUUUUAAUAUUUUGUUUUGAGUGAGUUGGUGCUCAUAUUCGGAAUUUCCGGGUAUGCGGGUCAGUACCUGGCUCAGCCCUAGUUACUCAUUGUGGUCUCGUAUUUUCCUUGACUUUCUCAACAGCUAACUGCGUUGGCGGUUGGUUCGGAUCAGUGUGUCAAUAUAAGUGUCACUGUGCCAAUCAAAUCGAUUGCCUGGACGACGGAUCAUGUCCAGAUGGAAUCACGUGCGACAGCGGGUGGUUCGGUCCAGCUUGUCAAUAUGGUAGGGUAUAAAGGAUAUUUUUUAAAUUAUUUCAAUUUGAUCACCAUGAUAACGUGUAUGUGUUAUAUGAAAUCAAAUCUAAUAGAUUCAUUGAUAAAUGUACGUGACGUCAUUUUAAUAAUUUAAGUGUGCCACUUAAGCUUUGUAAAAUAUUAACCCACAAGGUAAAAUAUAGAUUACUAUAAACUCUAGUGAUAACAAUUAUAAUAUUUGUUUAUUUAUCUCCGUUUAAAGCAAAAAUGUAUAUUCAAUACGAAUGAUGUAAGAAAUUGGAGUCCUUAGGUCUUAUAAACUAUUUAUAAUUUAUGAAUUUAAUAAUAAAUAUUUUUGCGCAAUUUCAUCUUAGAUAUGUGAUUACAUUUUUUUUUCAAUGGGUCAAAAAUGGGUUUAACAAUGGCCACACAUGUCAACAGCUGAUGUGGCCAAGCAAGACAUGCUGACCAGUCCAGCAGAUGUCCACGGCUUUCUAACAGACGGAGAUGAUGAGACGUGCGAGACCUUCCAGUCUUCAAUGAUCAUUACAUUCUCUUGGAACACGUCAUUCUUCUUCUCUUGGAUUAGAUUAAGAUACAUUCCACUUCCAGGUCAGCACAGACAACAACAUCAGAAGUAGAUUUACCUUUUUUUUUUACGUUAGAGGCUGCUUGCUUUGACUUAAAUGUUGAAUUUAAUAAGGCUCUUUCAUUCGUGUGAAACUAUUCUAAAAUUAUAGGGUUUUUUUUUAUCCCUGAUGUUCAGUUCACACGAUUCAAGUUCUGUCAAAUGUCAUUUUGCAGGCACUAUUUUGUUUUACUGAAUAGUGAGUUCAAAAAGAAUUUGGCGAAAGUUUAAUCGUGUGAACUGAGUAUAAAAUCAACUUUUCACAAUCCAUGAACCCAUAAACUUUGUACCACUUUUUUAAAGUGUAGCGAUUCCAAAGCCCGUUAGUUCUGAUUAUGGGGACCGUCUUCCCCCCAAUUGGUGAAAGCCAACGCCCCCCACCCCACACACCCUAGACAUUGGGCUUGCUUAAGUUUGUACUGUCGCCAUUGGGGUCAUGCCAGGCAUGGUAUCUGAGUUUAAUUCGGGAUGUUGACAAUGAAGAUUAGUGUUCGAGCAAAAUGUGUAACUGUUAUUUUUCUGUAUUAUUGAUUAUAUUGAUAACAAACUAUUUUAUAUUUUCCAUCAAAUGAAACGAUAAAAUCCCGAGAUUAUUCAAAAACAAAAAUGAAUGUUAGUAGGCCCAGAAGUUUUUAUUUCGGUUUUAAUUCUUAAAACUCAUUGAACGACGAGUUGGCCGACGGUUUAAACGCGCGCCGUGCCACAUUAUUGGCUUGUGUUCAAUUCCCUUCAUAAGCUGGACAAUUAUGUCAUAAGAGUUUUCUGUUUUUUAAUUGUUAUUAAUUUACGAUACCCUCCCCCCCCCCCCCCCCCCCCCCCCUUCCGUUGCACAGAAAAAAAAGUAAAUAUCGAGUAAAUGUAUUGUGAUCUUUACCAAAAUAAUUUUGUUACCUGGAUAAAAAAAAUUCAAGCCGGGGAGUGGGGUGGGUGUUAUUCCCCACACCAACCUCAGAUUAAAAUCAACUGCUUUCUGACCUCCUCCUUGGGUAGACGCCCUUGCUUCUAAAUUAUAUUUAUCAAAAUUGAGCGACUCAUUUCCCAUACUGAGCACCAAGGACCUGUAAUAGGAACCACCAAAUUGUAAUUGUCUGCCAAGCUAGCCACAUGAAAGCUAGAUAAACUGGUAAUGUGUAUUUCUUCUACGCAUACACAAAUUGCAUUUUGUAAAUAAAACAGUUCUUAUUUUGAUCUGACAGGUAAAAGCCCCAGGUUUGUGGUCGCCUUAACGGGGCAGAACAGCGGGAGCAUUCUUACCUGUGCCAAUGACAGAAUAGUUCAGAUGGGCAACACAUCCGAUGUAGCGUGUGACCUCACCACGCCUGUACAGCAGAUCAUUCUAACAGCCAUAGACCUCCAGGCACUCUGCACUGUUCACGUCAGUGGGGGUAAGUCUAUUUUGACAGCACAAAUGAAUGGAUCAAAUAUUAUCUUAACGAAAGAUACGAAAUUUAAUCUAAAUUAUGAAGGAAUUAUCGGUGGAGAUAUUUUUUACCUUGUAUUGAAGAAGACUGUAUGAUGAUGUCCGAUGGAACAGUACAUUUGAUGAUGUUGAUUGAGUAUUUUUUUGUGGCGGAUAGUCGUCUAGGAGUAGGUCCCCUCCGUACGGCCACAGAAAAAAUUUCAGAGUCUAUAUCUCCGUUGCUUUCUCUUAGCCCUUACAAGGCUGGUGUGGAGUAAACCAGUUACAGUUUUAAAAAUCACGAGAUCGUUUACAACAAAACUAUUCUUUAAUUAUUUGUAUACCGUGUAAAACACAGUGCACAGUAAUGACAAACCGGCAAUAAUGGCGUUCACAGUAGAAGAAGGGAAACUCCUGUUCACUAUACGAAAAUGUACUCACUUCAACAAACUAAUAACCCACUCCUUUAAGUAAUGGCGUCUUGUCGCUCACAACAAUAAUUACACACCACUCCUCACACACUUGUUAUAUCCAAAGAUGGCUUGGACGGUCAAAUAUUUUAUUAGUCUUUUUAAUAGAGACAAUGGAGAUGUAGAAUACUUGAUUCCUCACUGAUCAACUACUUGAUUUAUUAUUAGACAAAAGCGAUUUAACUAGAAAAAAACCCAUCAAGCAAUGGCAAGGUGUAAGUCUCCCCUCAAUUAAAUUCACUUGAUAAAACAUGCAUUCAAGCAACUCACUUUAUUAUUCUCGGUACCUAUUGAACACAACGCUACAGACAUAUGAGAGAGUUAUUAAUCAUGAUUUUAAGCCCAUUAAUAGCAUGACAGUUUAUAGUGAUUAGAUUUAUAUUCUUAAAUCCAUGAAUUUCUAUAAAAUAAUAGCCGAUAAGAUUUCUUUUUUUUCCGGUGUUUAAUCAAAGUAAUGCACCUCAACCUUUUAUAAGUCUUGAGCCAAGUAUCCUGUUACUUCCAUAUAUCCAAGAGUUAGUAUUUUACUUUUGUUUAUAGUCUUUAUUUUCCAAGAUAACCAAUAAAUGACUCGCUUUGAUUCAGUAUUUGUAAUAAGUUUCCUUAUUUGUGCACUAAAAUGAUAAUAGUAUGUGUGUCGAAAAAACAUAACGACAGCUUUCCCGACUCUUUGAAUGAAUACGGAAAGUGGAUCUGAGUGUGUUAGGUACAAAAUGGGGGAAAAAAUAUCAAAAGAACUCAGAUGGCAUGUUUAAAAAUGAGGGAGAAAGAAGUAAAUCUGUUCAAAUAACGUUAGAAGUCUUAAAUAUAUAUAAAGCCUAAUGGGAAUAUAACUGUAGCACAUCACCAUCUAAUUCAAGUCGUGGAGUUGUUUUUAUUGUGUAAAAAGGCAGCUGUGUUUUUAUAUGACGAAUCAUCUCAAUGGUUCAUGGUCCCACAGAGCUGCAUCACGUUGACACACUUGACUCGCGCAUGCUUUCGAUGAACUAUUCAAGUUUCCAAAAUUAUAACAUUCACUUUUGUAAUACUGCAGGGACACCUUACCUCGCCUCGUUUCUCUAACUACUUUAUCUGGAUGGUAACCUCGUUCAUUCUGUCUCUCGUACUGCAACACUCAGGUAAUAACACGUUGAUGAGUUAGCCUUUCAUUUUAUUUGAUCUGCUAGACUGUUCACAAAUCAAGACCUUGGAAUUCUGCUCUGAAUGUCACGGGUUACUGUCUUCUCACGUCUAUCUUCUACUCCUUUCCGGCUUCGCUCUCUUGUCUACUCCUGUCCAGUGGAGUUCUCCCUCCUGUCUACUCCUGUCCGGUGUACUGUCCGGUUCGCCCCUCCGUCGGGCUUAACUCUCUCCGGCUUCGCUCUUCUGUCCAAUCUAACAAUCCCCUGUUAAAGGUCCACGAACUGGCCUUAGUGUCUCUAGAGGUCACGUCCCCAUGCUACUCUAGUUUCUACACGUGGGUACUCUAAUUAACCCAACACUUCCAUUCGUAAAAAUGGACCUCAACUGGCCCUUCCCCUCGCAUUCUAAUACCUAAUUAUAUUAGUCUCACCGUCACGCUCGUGCUUGGCGAUUACGGACGCACGUGUAAGUUGGUCAGUCUUCGUACUGUAGUUUUUCCCCUCACCUCUGCACCCCUGACAUCCCUUGCAUUCUAACGUCUCGAUUUAUCUGCGGUCACUGUCUAAUUUGUGCUUCUUCGUGAGAUCGCAGUCUGCUACCCGUUCUAAUUAGUCAACCCCCCAGGCUGAACUCUCUACAAUACUACGCUAAAUGUAAGUGGUCCAACAGAUGCUUGAGAGAUUAUUCUGUAAGCAAAGCGACGGACAUAGCCAAUUUUUAUAAUCAAAGCAUCCCAUUUAAUACAAAAUGAGACAAAUAUGUACUUGCUUCUAUUGGCUGAUAGAGAAACUGUAAAAGACUUUAUAUCUUAAGAAUGUAUGGCAGGGAACACGGAAAGCCCAAGUGACAAAAGCCAAGAGACUAGAUUUUUCCAAAAAUUGAAUAUUUUCUCGUGAGGAUCAUGUUAAGUUACAAAACUAGGGUAUUAAGUUACAAAACUAGGGCAAAAAAAGAUAGUUUUAAAAUAUAUUUUCCUAAGUCGUUUUAUUUUACAAGUAAACAUUAUAGAUCAUUACUCUUCAGGGCUAUUUUUUACUUUGGUGAUAAACUAAAUAUUUAUUUUCUACUCUGCUGCUUUAAGGUCGGAAUAUCGCACUUAAGCAAGACGCUUUACAAUCGAGUAAUUACGUCGGCGACCCCAUCAAUGUGGUGGAUGGGAACACCAAUAAUGAGUUUAACCAAGGAAGCUGCUCCCAGACAAACCCAUACGAUGAUAGCAACCCAACCUGGACUCUAUUGUUCCGGUCUCCUCAGAUUGUCUAUAAAUAUGUCAUUUAUAAUCGAAAUGAUAUGAUUGGUAAGUUUGCAUUAAAAGUAUUGAUUAAGAUUUCCUUCAAAUAUUUUUAAAAUAUGCUAGUUUGCCAUUCAGCUGAAUGAUGAAUAUAAGAUAAGAUAAGAUUAUUUUUAUUGAUCCAAAUAAAUGGAAAUGUUUUUUUGAUUGCAUUAUAUAUUAUAGCACAUAAAUAAAACAAUUUGAAAACAAGACAUUUAUAAUAAAUUAUUUCAAACAACCGUUCUGUGAGUUCUCUUAGCCAACUAAGGGACGUAUGAGUUCUCAUGAAGAUGUGAGACUUCUGAGGAAGCACGUCGGUAAAUUCGUACAGAUUGGGGAACAAAAGAAUUUUUAUAUCGGUCAUUCCUCGCCCUGAUGGAAAGAAUUCGUCCCGAACGGCCCGAUCCUAAGUAUCUGUGACGAAGAGGGUUGAAUGUAUCAUCCAAAAUGUGUUUAUUUUUGCAAAAAACAUGUUUCUUCGAAGAAAUAGAUCUUCAAGUGAAGGAUGUUUAGUUUGUGUUAUGUUACUAGCUUUCUUCAUUAGUCGGUUUAUGCGUUGUUUAAUAUCAGGCGUUGAAUUCCCACAUUAGCAGAUAAUACUGAAAUUAAGCCAGCUUCCAAUUGUUGCACUGUAGAAUAAGUUAACGAGUUGCUUGUUUACGCCGAAAUUGUACAGUUUUUUGAGGUAGAACAGUCUUUGGUUGAAUUUCUUAUACAGGAUUUGGCCGUGCUCAUGCCAAGUUAGCGUAUUAUUAAUGGUGACACCUAAGUACUUGUAUGCCUCCACUUUCUCUACACUUUGAUGUUUUUUAUGUUGAGAUCCGUAAUCAGAUGUUUCCCCCUCCUGAAAUCAACAACAAUUUCCUUUGUUUUUGAGACAUUCAGCUGGAGAAAAUUUUCAUCGCACCAAUUGAUAAAGCUUGUAACUAAGUUGCGGUAUAGGCCUUCUCCUUCAGAUAUUAAGCCAACAAUGGUGGUAUCAGCAGCAAAUUUUAAGAUUGAAACGGUGUCGCUUGAGCUUUGAAUAUCAUUUGUAUAUAUCAGAGGCGUAGCGUGAUUGGGGCAGGGGGGGGACAGAUGUCCCCGGGCGCCAGCUAGUUAGGGGCGCCAAAAUGUGCUUUGAUAUUAUUUUAUUGAUGAAAAUAAUGCGUUUGAGAGUUGAAAAAAAUAAAAAGGGGAGCUAAAAAUGGAUCUUGUCCCCGGGCGCGAAUCUAGUCCCCGGGCGCCAAACAUCCUCGCUACGCCACUGGUAUAUAUUGUAUACAGUACAGGAGAGAUGUCGAGGGUAUGAGAAUCACUGAUGUUAUGUGUAGAGCGUUGUUGUCAUGUUUUAUAGGGAAAAGAUGUUCGUUAGAGAUUUUAUGUGCAGCCGUAUCGUUUGUGUGAGAGUGUUGUGACGUAAUUGUGUAAUGGGAAGUGACGCGUUAGUUUUCGUUGUGGUUAGAGAAGAGUGAUGGCGGAUGUGCUACAUUGACUGUUGUGGAUUGAAUACUGCUAAGUGUUGUGCUGAGAGAAUUGAUGGGGAAUAUACUUGCAGAAGUGUUGGAUUGGUAUGUUGAUUAAUAUUUGGUUGGAGUGAUUUAUUAUCAAAUUCUGAAAUUAUACAUCAAGUCUUGUUCAUCGAGUAGUGAUAAAUAAACUUUCGUUUACAACAAACCGGUUGCUGUUUGUUGCAUUGGUGACUGUUUGUAUGGUGUGCUGCUGAACGGAGUGCAGUGAAAGACUGUGGCCAUACAGAAGAAUCUCAUCGCGACAAGAGAGAGCGCAACCUUCAUAUGCCCCCGUGCUUAUUUCUCUGGCUAGAGAUACUUGGUUAUUUACUUUGACAUAUUGUGGUCGAUUUGUUAAAAAGUUCAGUAUCAAACCUUGAAUAUUUAAACUGACACCUAACGAGGAAAGUUUCUUUAUCAUAAGGUGUGGUUGGAUAGUGUUAAAUGCUGAUGAGAAGUCUAAGAAAAGCAUUUUGGCAUAUGUGUUGGACUAUAUAGAAAUAUAUAGUUGACUAGAGAAAUAAGUUAGGGAGCGCCAUAGGAUUGUGCACUCUCCCUUGUCCUGUAUACAGUACAUACCCAUAUAUCCUUAGCCCAUGCUAUCACAUUCAACUCAUUACAUCUACCGAUGAUUCCAACAAAGCUGGAUAAAUAUUCAAGUGGAAUGUUUAUUACAGAACUUAUUUACAAACUUCUUUUGUGGGUACGAUAGUUAUUUUUUUCCAGUUGAAUCCAUCAGUAACUAACAAGUUUAAAAAUUGUUGUCGGUUUCCGGAGGGGAUAUGACCCUAUUUCAGAUCGUAUAUAAGCAUUCAUAGUAUAGAGCAAAUAGUGACAUAUUUUAUUAUCAUAGUUCGUCGGUCAAAAUCUCUCAUGACCACCUUAAGCAUCGUAUUUAAGAUAAGAUAAAAUGAGAUUAUUUAUGCAUCCAAACAAAUCGAAAUUUUUAAUUCCAUUUUCUGCACAUACAUAAAUACAUAUAUUAAUCAAGACAUUAUUUUACUUUUAUAAAAAUUGUAACACAAAACAUCUAAAGUUUUUCUCUAGCUUAAAAUUAACAGCCUUAAAUGAACUCCAUUAGUUACAAUGAUUAGUUGGGCUUAUUUCGAAGUUGACUGUGGGUUCGCAGAUGGCUUAUGAGACUUCGACCACCGAAGGUUUAGCGUUUGCGGGGCCCCGCGAGUUGCCGUAGAAUAUUCGGAAACUAAGCGAGUGAAUAAAUUUCCGUUAUGACGCGUCACAUUAUGACCAGCAAGUCCCAAGUACGACUAUAACGUGUCUUUAAUAUCCUAUCGAUGGAACAUGUAACGUCAACGGCCACGAAAAAUUCAAUUAACCAAGGCCCCACACCCUCCUGGAUCUGUGACAAUCUCGGGAGGGAAUUAAUCGUUUCUAAGCCAACACCAAUGAAAUAGACUCACCAAUAAAGCAGCAUCAAAUUAAACGAAAUUUGCUUCAAUUAAUGAGAUACCAACUAAUCUGGGUCAAUUAAACAAUAUAGAUUUAGCUUCAAUAAUAGUUACACAAAUUAAAAAUGCAAACGUUUACACCCUUAAAAAAAUAAAAUAUUCAAAUUAGUAUAAAUUAAAUUUUAACAUUAUUUAUGUAUAUCCUACCUAAACAUUCAAGAAAAUAAUAAGAAUUGGCGCAGGUCCCUAAGAAAAACAAUGCUCAAAAGUGGGAAGAAGUAAAAUUUAAAAAAAACAAUCAGGAAAAGGGACCUGAAGUUAUGUAAAUUUGUGAAUUUAGUUUAUCUCGAAUGGAAUGACCGAACCAAAUCUUGUUAUUAAUUUAUUCUCUAUAUAAAUUAUUCCAGGUGUAUAACUUGCAUGCGUAUUCUUAAGAGCUUUAUUGCAGUCCAAUGUGUUGUGAUGUCAUUGUGUUGUAUUGUCACAGUUGCUUGCUUCCCUUGUUGUCAGUGCGUCAUGCCCGUGUGUCUUAAAUUGAUGAGAUGCUAGAGGUCAUGCUGUUUUGCUUGUAGUUAGUCAUUAAAAAUCUUGACACGAAGCUGAACGGAGGUUUUAUUUUUCCUUGUGUAAGACAUAGUAUUACUAAACAUAACACAACACUGUUAGAAUUAUGUAAUUAAACUCCCUUGAAGAUCUUGCACAGCUAAAUGCAUUAGUAAAACAAAUCCAAAUUUGCUGGGUAUAUCCGACCCACUUAAUUACAGUUACUCAAGAUCCACUCGAUCAUGACUAAUUAUUUCCUUCAAUGAUGUAGAGAUUCAUUUGUCCUGUAACAUGUUUUACCAGGCUGUUCAUCCGGCUGAUAUAUAAACCAAUAGUCGCUCUUAAAGUCAUUAUUGUCCUAUAGAAGUUUAGUUCUUGAGUUUAAAUUUCUCUUGUUUAAUUGUUUUAACCAGAAAUUUUAUCGAUUUUCUUAAAAUGAAUAUCUAAAGUCUAAUCAAACAUUUACAUUUAUUUUAAUCAUCAAUAAAAUAAUCUUAAUUUUUUUUUGGGAGGGGGGGGGUGGAAAAGUGGUGGUUUGGGGGGGGUGGGGGUGAGGGUGGGGGUGGGGGGAAUUACAGAGCGAUUGCAAGAAGGUUUUUGUUUUCAAAAAUUAUCUUCAAUUUUUAAUCAUCAAUAAAAUAAUCUUAAUUUUUUUUUGGGAGGGGGGGGGUGGAAAAGUGGUGGUUUGGGGGGGGUGGGGGUGAGGGUGGGGGUGGGGGGAAUUACAGAGCGAUUGCAAGAAGUUUUUUGUUUUCAAAAAUUAUCUUCAAAAUUAUAAUAACUGCACAACUGUGUAAAAGCUACAGAGGCUGAAUUUUGCUGGACAACUAUCUCCAGAACCCCCAAAUGCCCCGCACUUAAAUUUGACCCCAUGUUUAUUGGUCUACAUUUAUGUUUUAACAUCUUGUUUUUAUUGUAUCCAACUUUGUUAUUCAGAAAUGUUGCGUCUUUUCAUUUUGCGGAGCUUUGACUUCUACGAUGACGAAAUCUUUACCUACAGUGACAUGGAAGACCCAAAGCUCGUGUACUCAGUUAUGCCCAGCUCUCCCAUGUCUGUGGCAAGAGUAAACAUAACGGCGACGGAGUAUACUUAUUAUUAUUAUGCUAUUGUCCUUUCGUUGUGUGAGGUGGAAAUUUAUGGCGGUGAGUGUUGCAAAGUGCUAAGACCAAAAUACUUGUUUCUUCGACUGUGAGUGAAUGAAGGAUGUGGGAAAUGUAAAUUUACAGCGUUUCAAUUGCUCAACAAAUACUCUUGUUGUUGUUUUUCCGUCACACAAUGAACAACUCAUUUAGGCGAGCAAAAAAUGUGCAAGUCUAUUUUUAACCAAAAGAAAAAUAAACAUAAUAAUUAAAAUUUAAUGAUGAUGAUUAUUUUUUAUCACAUUCAUUAAAAUCCUUUUUAAAACAUUUAACUUGCUGAUAAUUUAAUGUUACACAUUACUUUUUAAAAGAUUCUGAUUGUCCAUUCGGGUAUUAUGGACGUGAGUGUAACAACACCUGCAACUGUGCUGUGGAGGGUGAGGUGUGCAUUGUUAGCACUGGAGGCUGUCCAUCUGGGUGUGCUACUGGUUACAUUGGAGAAGAUUGUAGUGAAGGUUUGAAUUAAGGAUCUUCAUUAUUUAUUUUUUACGAACUAACUUAGCUACAAUACCGCCCCACCCCCCCNGGACCAGUGGAUCUGAGGAAUAGUUUUAACGGAAAUAAUCAUGAUUUCAUUAAUACAAAAGAGUGAAAUAACUCGGUGUUUUUUUUUUUUUCUUCUCUUGGCUUAAAAAAAUAAUAAUUAAAUAUUUCUAAGUAAAAAAAAGGAAAAUAAAACAUUCUAAAUUUCUUUGUAAUUUACUUAUCUAAGUCGUAAUUUCUAACACAUGAUUGUCAGAGACAGUGCACCAACAUGAAUUUCUUGUAUGUAUUUUACAGUAUGUGGUCCAACUCUUUACGGCAAAGAUUGCCAGAUGCACUGCAGUCAAACAUGCCCUGAUCAGCUGUGUCACCACGAGACAGGUUACUGCAACGAUUGUCCUUUGGGAAAAACUGGAGUUUAUUGUCAUGAAGGUACUGACUGACCUUUCCACACUUUUAUUUUCAAACGUGUACACAAGAUUGCUUGCCAGUUUCUCUCAUGUUUUAGUGUUACACCGUCAUCCAUAAACAUGUGUAAAUAUGAUUUAUUUUCACAGCUCACGGAUAAGUUUACAGACCACGUUUACAGCUCGCAUCAUUCUAUUAACGUUGUUGAAACGAUGCGUUAACCUCAAUUCAAAACUGCAGCCUCUGCGUGUCCCACCUUCUCGAAAAGGCUCUGGAACUCACUGGGAUUUCCUACAGUGUUGAUAGAAGCAGCAAUAGUUACAACGCAACAUUAGAAAUCGCAACCAGCUCGUUUAAAUGCUUACUUACUCAACAACCAAUACACUAAGUGAUGAUAUGAAUCACUUGGAACUCAACCAUUUAAUAGACUAGACAUUAAGCCCAGCGGUGCCAGUGUUUGACUUUUUUUUUAACUUAACUAAAUCCUAUCGGCGGACACAUUAAUUUAGUGUCAAAAACACGUCGCUAAAUUUGUUUCGUUUAAAAUAUCAACAUAUUUUAUAAGUCUUUAAGCACUGAAGUUUGAGAAAGUUAAAACCCAUGAUUAAAAACCAAAUUGAACUGCUUAAAAAUGUAAUUUUUAAAAAAGGUAUUCCUCACUGCCAAAGCUUUAGCUGCUCAUUAAUUAAAUACAGGAUGAUUAUCGACAGGAGCCCAUUCCAAAUGAGUCAAUUGUACUUAUCGUUAAGAUAUGGGACUCUAUAAAAAUUAUGCAGAUAAAUACUCAUUUUACACUUCAAAUUCAUCUCCCUAAAAGCUGAUGGAAUUUACCAAAGAGUUUGCCUUUGAUAUAUAUUACUAUUGCUGCUGCCGAAGCCAGAAAAUAUAUAGAGAUCUAUAAAACUAAAAUAAAAUUUCCUGAGAUAUUUAGCUUCAAUUGACAUUCCAUGGCGUUUUGUCAAUGUGGAACAAUGGAUAUUUUACUGGAUAAUUCUCGAGAAAUAUCGGGUCACCCAGGAUUGGAUAUUAUUACUCUAGGAUACACCUCUAUUUCAAUAUGCCAUUGGCAUGGUAUGUCUAACAAGUUUGACCUCCAUCGAUGAAUUCACGUAGAACCGUAUAUUGUUAUCUAAGCAUACGUGUAUUUAUUAAUCUUAUUUAUGGAAAAAAAAGAAAUUGAGGACUGUUAUGUAGACGACGUAUUUACGUCAUUUACUCAAGCAGACGCUGUCCUACUAUUAGCGCGUGACUUACCAAGAAUGGUCUUCCCAUUGAUCUUGGCCUUGUUUACUACCAACUAAAAUUUUAUUCUCUGUUCUAAUAGAAUUUGUGGAAAGGUCGGGAGGGAACUGGAAAGGAAAACAAUGUGUAAAGCGUUUCCAGAUGCGUCGGUAUAACUGACUAUACAUAUAUAUAUAUAAGGGGAUUCAGAGAGCAUUGGGAGAGAGAUCACGAUAAUAUUUUACUUUACGGGACGACAGGUUAGCAUUUAUGUUUAGUGUGGGUUAUUCUUGAUAGAUCUGUGUCUAGUUAUAUGUGUGAAUUCAUAUUAAUCGUUGUACCAUUUUUUUGGCACAUUGAAUUAACUGAGUACCGGUUCAAGAAACACCAUACUCUGUAAGUUGAUGAUUUUAAAUAUAGUUCUUUUAUUUUGUAAUCCAUAGUAACUUAUUAAAUCGUGUUAAUUGUAAUUAGCACUGUUUUGAGUGUCGUAUUUCUCUCGUCUUUUUAUGCUCAGUUCUGAAAUGAGCUAUACGUGUAAAUAGGAGAUUAAUUUCUCCCUAUAGACAGCAGUGCGUAAAAAGGACCCAGGCCGCCACAAGUGUUGAGCGUUAUGAGCUCAAAACCCUGCAUUAUUUCAAUAUAGAUAUUCAAGAGCAUGUGUGUCAAGUUUCCUCUACACCUAGUCCUCUCUAGUUCUACUCAUUGACACUUUUGUUUGGAUGGUACUGUCACUCGUGCUACCACAAUGAGGUAACAACACGUCGAGGGUUAUAGCCACCCUCUGUAUUUCUCUGCUACAUUCACGUUCCUGUUACUGAACUCUGACUCUCACUUCAGGUCUCUGCGAUUGUCCUCGUAUGCUCUCCGGGUGAGCUCUGAAUCAAAACCCCACUAACGGUCCUGUUUUUUUUUAGUCCCCAAAUAAGUCUUGAUAAAGAUUCCUUCACAGAACCAUAUGAUUCUACAUCUGCGUGACGACAUGUCUAUCCUCCCUUGUUCUAUAAUGAAGUCACGCUUCCCUCCGUCCACAUGUGUGGGGCACCACAAAGUGUUAAAUGCUGAUGAGAAGUCUAAGAAAAGCACUCUGGCAUAUGUUUUAAGACUGUCUUAGGUGAUGGUAAAGUCUCUUCAACAAUAGUAAGAUUGCAUCCUCCGUACUUCUGCAGGUUUGUUAGAAAAUUUGUGUGGGGGGGGGGGGGGGGGGACCAAGAUUUUGUUAGACUUCUUUCAAAAUUUCUUUCAGAAUUAUUUUCUCAAAACAUUUCAUGUAAGACUGUCUUAGGUGAUGGUAAAGUCUCUUCAACAAUAGUAAGAUUGCAUCCUCCGUACUUCUGCAGGUUUGUUAGAAAAUUUGUGUGGGGGGGGGGGGGGGGGGGAUCAAGAUUUUGCUAGACUUCAUUCAAAAUUUCUUUCAGAAUUAUUUUCUCAAAACAUUUCAUGACAAUAGAGGUAAGUGCAACAGGUCGUAAGUCGUUGUUGCGCGUUAACUUAUUAUUCCUUGAAAUUGGUAUGAUUUCUGAAGUUUUUUUUAAAUUGCUGAUAUUGUAUGAGUUACAUAAGAUUUAUUAAAUAUGUAACAAAAAAUGUAGGACAGCUGUCUGAGAAUAGCUUAAUGAGCCGACCACUUAAGUUGUCUGGUCCCGAGGCCUUGGCUGCGUCCACUUGUUUCAAUAAUGACAUCACUCUCUGUUCGGUGAACAAUAAAAUACCAUCAUGUGUACUACUGCCAUAUUGAAAUGAAUUUAUCAUCUCCUUGUGUACUGUUCCAAAGUCCAGGCUGUCACAAAGAAAAUAAUAGUCAUUUAAGUCGUUAACAAAAUUCCUCACGUCCUCAACACUUAAACAUUCUCGCUUACGAGUAUAUCCAGCUAUUUGCUUUAGACCGCCCAACAAGCCUUUGAGUUGUUAGUGAGGAAUAAUUUUUCGAUUUUUUUUAUUAUUGUUUUUUACCCUGAUAUAUUUUUCUUUCAAUAAUUGUGUGGCUUUAAUGAAUUCAUGAUCGUUAAUCUUAAACAUGAUCUUCUUGUGGUGGAUGGCCUCCUUUAUUUCUCUGCUCAUCCAGGGUUUGUUGGUGUUGAAUACUCGGAUGGUUUUUGGGGGGAAUAAUUUCGUCUACACAGAACUUAAUGUAGGAAUUGACUACAGAUUGUUUUUAAAACUGGCUUAUAGCAUGGCGUUAGGCGAAUCAUUGUGUGGUCGGAUUCUCCUAGUGGAAAUAAACCACAACAUGUUUAGGCCUUUUUUAUAUUACAUUAACACAUGUCCAGAGUUUGAUCUUGUGGUGUAGAGCAAGUAACGUACUGGGUGUAUGUUGGCAUGGUUUUAUCCAGUGAUAGUGGAUUAGAUAUUGAUGGAAAUGAGGUUUCAAAGUUUGUCUAUGCUCAGUGUCUUGUAAUGCUUUUUCACUGUAUAAUACCGUUAUGUCCGUUAUAAAAGUAUUGCAGAAACGUAUUGUAUGUGGCAUUGAAGUAGCAUAUAAUAAACGUUUAAUACGUUUAUCAUUUGAUUACAAAAGGGAAAAAACUAUGGACUGACAUUGCAAUGCGUGUAUCAAAUUGAGCUAUUGAGACGCUGCUACAGGGUUUGUCAUUUCUAAAACUGGAACACGUCAGAUUCCAUUGCGUAAUGUUACUAUUUUUAAACAUUCUUUCGUCAAACAGAGCUUCUAAUUAUAGAAUUGUUGGUACAUUGUAAUGCUUCAUUUUAUUUUACUUUUUUUAAGUAUAUGAAAUUUAAAAGAUAAAAGUUUUUGUAAUUUUUUUCUUCAAUAGACUGCUCCCCGGGUUGGUUUGGUGCCAACUGUUCCAACAGGUGCAGCUUGAAUUGUGGAGGAGAUGGCGCGUGUAGUGUAUCUGAUGGUGUGUGCGUGUCAGGAUGUAAAGAUGGCUACAGUGGCUUAAUGUGUGACACAGGUAAUCAAUGGUCCAUCUCACUUAUCGGCAUAUAAAUUAAAAAGUAUAAUUACAUAAAAUGUAAAAUCAAAUUUCAGAUCACUUAGCCUUCACGCUCCACUCUUGCUUAACCCAAGGUUUAAAAUUUUUAUGGAAAUUUAAUUAUUUUUUUUUUAAAAUAAUAAUAAUAAUAACUAGUUGCAAAAAUAGCUGAACAAUGAAGCAUUUCUGUUGCCAUGCUUCCAGACUGCCAGCUAGGUUGGUACGGCCAAAACUGCUCAAAGAAAUGCAGUGCAAACUGUGGAGGGGAUGGCUCAUGUGGUAAGGGGAACGGGACAUGUUCCCUUGGAUGCCUCAGCGGAUACACGGGGAACACGUGCACAACAGGUAGAUAUGAGAGCGAUGACGUCGUUCACUGUGUUAGUGAAGUGAUGUGAGUAAAAUUUAGGUUUCUCUGGUGGAUAAGGUCGGAGACUGAAUCACAUGUUAAGUCCUCACUUAAUUCAUUGGAACCCAAAAAAAACGACCUUUUCAGACAGACAUCUGUGAUUUCAGCGUUUUAUGAAAUGCACUUUCUAGUACAAACCCAAAAAUUAUCGCAAAUAUGUUUUUUCGUGACAAAGAAGGUCAUGAGGCUAACAUGCUUAAAAAUUAGUUUUGAUGGAUAUUCAGAAUUUAAAUGUUUAACUUGUUUCUUGAUAUUUUUCAUUACUAUUAUAACUAAAACGUAAGCUAAUGAAAAGAAGGUGACAAAUAGCGAGAACUGGCAAAAAUUUUGUUCAGCCUGUAAUUUGAGUUUUUUUUUUUUUUUUUUUUUUUUUUUUUUUGGAACAUAGUUUUUUUUUUUUUUUUUAUUUUUUUUUUUUUUUUUAAAAAAAAAAGUAAAAUAAAAAAAAAAAGGGGAAAAAAAGGGAAAAAGGGGAAAAAUUUUUUUUACCCGUUAAUUUUGUUUUUUUUUUUUUUUUUUUUUUUUUUCUUUUUUUUUUUUUUUUUUUUUUUUUUUUUUUUUUUAUUUCAUGGAACAUAGUUUCAUUUGACUAUUUAUAUAAGUGUAUGUGUAGAAGUGAAGCGAGCCUGUUUCAAUUGACUAUUAAAUAUAUAUAAGUAGAAGUGAAGAGCAUUUCAUUAUCUGUGUAUAUUUCAAAACGCUGAUGUACUCAAAUGUACUUAAGCAUGUACUCUGUUACGGGUUGUUGUCUUCUUCCAGCUUGUACCAGCGGCUCGUUUGGUGAAAACUGUGCCAGCACGUGCAGUGUCACGUGCGGUGGAGACGGCUCCUGCUCAGCUCAGAGUGGAUCGUGUUUGCAUGGAUGUAAAGAUGGAUAUACUGGGUCUUUGUGCAAUGCCGGUAAUACAAUGAUACGCAUUCCCAUCAUGUAGUUGGCGCCUCAAACAUACACUUUCUUAUAAUCUCCAAAGAUUAUAUGAACUUCUUCCCUGAGCUUGCUCAUAACAUCAUAUUAAUACGUGAGAACUGUGACACCUGGUCAGUGGGAUUUGAAAGUGCGGCAGAAAAGGGACACAUUGUGCAUAGUAAAUGAAUCACAUAUUUUACCUUAAUUUAUUACUGCCUGCAACUGCCUCUAAAAUAUGUAAUUAUACACUUUGAAGUCAGAGAAAUAACCCCCCACCCCUUUCCCCCGAUAUACCGGUUUUGAAUUACAUUGACCAGUUUAUUUGAGUGGUCAUGUACGUUUUUACAAAUUAACUUCUUUAUUUUUAUGACAAUGUACGUUAUUAUAAUAAAUUGACUUUUUUAUUUUAGAGACCAUGUAUGUUAUAAUAAAUUACUAGUUUAUUUUAGUGACCAAAUACGUUAUAAUAAAUUAACUAGUUUAAUUUAGUGACCAUAUAUGUUAUAAUAAAUUAACUAGUUUAUUUUAGUGACCAUAUACGUUAUAAUAAAUUGACUUGUUUAUUUUAGUGGCUAUAUACGUUAUAAUAAAUUGACUAGUUUAUUUUAGUGGCCAUAUACGUUAUAAUAAAUUGACAAGUUUAUUUUAGUGACCAUAUACGUUAUAAUAAAUACGUAUCUUCAUUCUUCGAGAGGCAGCCGUUGACCAGACACGUUGUAAUAAAUUGACUAGAUUAUUUUAGUGGCCAUAUACGUUAUAAUAAAUUGACUAGUUUAUUUUAGUGACCAUGUACGUUAUAAUAAAUACGUAUCUUCAUUCUUCGAGAGGCAGCCGUUGACCAGACACGUUGUAAUAAAUUGACUAGUUUAUUUUAGUGGCCAUAUCCGUUAUAAUAAAUUGACUAGUUUAUUUUAGUGGCUAUAUACGUUAUAAUAAAUUGACUAGUUUAUUUUAGUGGCCACAUACGUUAUGAUAAAUUGACUAGUUUAUUUUAGUGACCACAUACGUUAUAAUAAAUACGUAGCAUCAUUCUUCGAGAGGAAGCCGUUGACCAGACAUGAAACAAGCGAGUCAUUAAGGCCAUGCUGUUAAUGUGUCUCGAAUGAAAGAUGCAGAUUUUUGCAGAAUAUAUUAAGUUGUACAUUUCUUCCUAUUUUUCCUUUAGUUUGUCCUCCAAGAUAUUAUGGUCCCAGCUGUGGCCAUGAGUGCAGUGAGUUUUGUGUUGUCGAUAAUUUCACAGGACCAGGAGUCUGUCAUCAUGUGUCGGGGAGUUGUUUGUUGGGCUGUCAGGACGGAUAUGAAGGAACGUCGUGUUCUGAUGGUGAGUAAUUUGCAAACAAAUACUCAUGGAUUUAUCAACAUUUUUGUCCAAAUAUUUAGACGGAAUGAGAAACAAUCUUUGAUUGUUUUGAUGAAAGUAAUAAUAUAUUUUGUGUUUGCUACUAUGGAAAUUAAACUGACAAGCUAUACAUUAAAAUAACUAGACUUAUUUAAUUAUGGUCGUCUUAUUUGUUGUAUUAGAGAAGAACCAGGGUGAGGUCACACUGAUCGGUCUGUCGUGUGGACUUGGGUUGGCUGGGGUCGUCAUCAUCAUUCUCACAGUACUUCUUUGUUUGAAAAGCAGAAACGAGCGGACAAGAAAGUCUGUCUAUGACGACAUGCAUGGGAGAGAAGUAGACGAGCAGCCGUAUGAAACAUUUACUGCGAUAGCAGGUGACAGGAUGUGUUGUGACAUGGUGGCAAGAUGUGUUGUGACAGGGUGGCAAGAUGUGUUGUGUCAGGGUGGCAAAAUGUGUUGAGUCAGGCUGGAACGAUGUGCUGUGUCAGGGUGGCAAGAUGUGUUGAGUCAGGAUGAUAAGAUGUGUUGUGUCAGAUUGACAAGAUGUGUUGUGUCAGAUUGACCAGAUGUCUUGUGUCAGAUUGACCAGAUGAGUUGUGUCAGGGUGACAAGAUGUGUUGUGUUAGGGUGGCAAGAUGUGUUUACUCAGAUUGACCAGAUGUCUUGUGCCAGGUGACAAGAUGUGUUGUGUCAGGGUGGCAAGAUAUUUUGUGUCAGGGGAGCAAGAUGUGUUGUGUCAGGGUGGCAAGAUGUGUUGUGUCAGUGGGAUAAGAAGCGUUGUGACAGAUUGACCAGAUUUGUUGUGUCAGGUGACAAGAUGUGCUUGUCAGGGUGGCAAGAUGUGUUGUGUCAGUGUGGCAAGAUGUCUUGUGUCAGGGUGAUAAGAUGGUUUGUGUCAGAUUGACCAGAGUAUUGUGUCAGGGUGGCAAGAUGUGUUUGUCAGAUUGACCAGAUGUGUUGUGUCAGGUGACAAGAGAUAUUGUGUUUGGUGACAAUGUGAGAAAUUUCAGACAUAACAAUACAUACAUUCUCUUAAAAGUAUUUAAAUAGAAAUGUCAUUAUUGAAAACUGAAAUAUGUUGUCCCAGUCCUAAACGUUAUGUUCUUAGUUUAUAAUGUUAAUAUAUUUACCUCAAUAAACCAAUUGAAAUAAACAUGUCAACAUCCUUAGUCCUUGUAUGAAGCAGUGCAACAAUAAUUAUGAGAACAAAGAAACAAAAAACAAAGCAAAUUAAAAGUGUUUUUUUUUUUUGCUCCAAGGACGUUCAAAUCUGACUCUUUAAGUAGAAUAUAUAUUCAUGUUAGGUCUAUCUGUCUACAGGAACGGGCGGGUCCAACCGAGAUGUGGGUAAUGAACUCGGCAUACAGUCACCUACACAUAACACCGAUGGGAUAGGGGGACUGAGUAACGGCGUGUACGAGGACACAACGUUCCAGAAUCAUCCAGAUUUUACGACUUACAGUAAGAUUUAUUUAUAUAUAUAUAUAUAUAUAUUUAUUUAGGCAUUUUUAUAUAGCUCUACCAUAAAGCUCUAAGCGCUUUACAUGUAAACUAAGUAAAAUAAAAAUGAGACACUAGGAUAUAUACACACACAUAUUAAAUUAACAAUUUAAAGAAUGUAUAGAAGAAACAAUUGUAAUCUUUAUUUUUAAAAAUAUUUUAAUGUAACUACAUAUUUCACGCCCUAAAGAUGAUGAUAAGAAAGCUUUUACUAUAAUUUGUUUUAACUGUAAAUUAACUAACAACGUUCAGAUAUAAAUGAACCGUGAAAUACUCUCAUUAAUGCCCUUGUGUAUAGCAAUGCCUCACCGUUACAGAUGAAUGAAUUUAAUUCUUAUCAUAUACUCAUUAUAAUAUUUCUAACAGUGUGUCCAGAUGAAAGUGCUCCCUUGCCCGCCCCACGCAAACUCAACAACAACAACAGGGCAUCGGUGCCUGCUGCCGUGCCGACGAAUGGCGUGACACACACAACGGCUACAACAGCAAGGGCAACGGAUUCAAUCAAAAGUCACACGGGGCCUGUGUACACCAAUAGUGAGACUGAACGUACAAAAUAUUUGGAGAGUUACUCGUAGAGGAUGUAUUUGAUUUUUCCUGGAUAACUGUGUUAUGUUAAUAUGAUAGCCGACAGUCGUCAGAAGUUGAUGGUUGUUAUAUUUCAAUGGUUCUUAAAGGGGAGAAGUCACUCAGAUGACAAAGAUAUUUGAGAACCUUUCCCGUUGUCUAUUAUUUUACAAUUGGAAGAAAAAAAAGUUUACAAACUAAAAAUUCUAGAAACAUUUUCUUUUCAGCAUCAAUAAUGUCGGAAAUGUUGUUUCGUUUGUAUUAUUACAUUAAGAAUUGAAGUUUAUUUUUUUUAAUAUUAUGCAAGUUAUAAUGUGGAUGUUUGGACAUUAUUGACUAUGUAACUGUGAAAAAUGUUUAUUGAAAAUGUGAUAUAGGCCUUUGAAAGAAUGUUAUGUGUGUGUUAUCGAAGUCUGUUUUAUCAUUUUUCUAAACAAAUAAAAGUUUAACCAAAUUUGAAUGCUAGCUAUACCAAUUGUACAAAGACCCACCCACCAAUUGUCCCAACAAUAAAAAGAAAAAGGCAGACUGCGCUGGGCAGGACAUAUCGAAAGGGUGCCAGAAUGUAGAGCAGAAAAAGUGAUGUAUAGGAAAAAAACCUAAGGGCAGACGACUCACCUGUCGCUCUAGAUGAAUCGCCUAUGUAGAGAAGGAUUUACACCACUUGGGGGUUCAUGCGUGGAGGCGGAAAGCCACGGAUCGCUCCGAAUGGAAGGAUGUGGUGGAGCAGGCCAGGGCCCUACAUGGGCUGCAGAGCCACUGGUGAUAAUGAGUAAAUUUGAAUGCUGAAAAUAUUUGACC